AUGUCAUCAAUUUCGGAACAACUAGCAUCUUUUAGAGAUGUUAAGAACACAAAACUCAGAAGAUUCUUAUCAGAAUAUAGGUCAAAAUUACCAUGGAACACUUGCAAAGUAUCAAAUUCAUAUAAUUAUCUCAGAUCUCUUGAUGAAAAUUUUGAAAAAUAUGAAUCUUUGUUCUCAGAUUCAUUAUUUGGAUUAUCUUCUUUAUCAUUCUCAGAUACAAAUGAGAAUAAUGAUAUUGAUAUAUUUAGAGAAUCUAAAGAUAUUGAGUUUAUGACAUCUGAGGAGCUUUCGGAACUCAACAAGUUGAUCGACUCAUUCAUUCAACACACUGUACAAUAUUUCUUAAAUGAAAACACAGAGAUUUUAAUAGAUUAUCUCAUUUUUAAAUAUGAUAUAGCAUCAAGAUUUAGAGAACAGUUGAUUGUAUCAUAUAUACAAUAUUACAAUUCACCGUAUUACUGUAAAUUAUUAUCUCUAAUCACAAUUGAGAAUGGAACUGCCUUCUAUCCAUUGUAUGAAAGAAUAAAGGAUGUAACAGUGGAUUUCACCGAGUGCAAAUAUGUGACAUUAAACUUAGUGGUUUCAGAGAUUGUUAAAUCAUUCUCGAUUUACAAACAAGUUUCCACAUGUUAUAAUAAACUCUCAAGAUCUAAUAGUAAUGCAAUCUCAUUUUUCAACUUUGUUAAUGCUCAAUAUAUAAUUACAAAUGGACCAACAAUCGAUGAUAAUGAGCUAAGGUAUAUAAUUAAUAUGAUUAUUGGGGGUUUAAUGGUUGAUAACAUAGAGUAUUUAAACUCGCAAAUCUGCUCGAUGAUAUCACUGUUUUCAUCAGUACAGUUACAAGUUUCUGUACAGAAUGAGAUUAUAAAGAUGUGUAAGUUUGUGCUCAAUAAGAUUGUUGAGACGGAUAUGUCUGAAUAUGGUUUAGUAUUUAGGAACUUUGUAUUGGUGAUGAUGUUCAUGUUACAUAAUCAGACCCAAACAAUAGAGAAAUUACCACAUGAAAUAACAAUCCCUUUAGUAAAUAUAAUAAAUAAGAAAUCAGUGAGACAAGUAUUUUUGGAUAUUAAGGAAUCCAAAAAAUCGUUGGAUUUUAGUAUUUUCACAAACACAUUGUUUCAUUCACUGGUUUCAUAUUUUGUAAAAGAGAAUUCAGAACAAAUCACUACGACAUUACAAACAAUAGAUAAUGAAAAUAGAAUAAUUUCAGAUAUUAAAAACUUUCUUCAAUUUGUUAAAGAAACUGAUUUAAACUGUGUUAAACAAAUAGUAAUUAAAAUAGUUUACGAGUUGAAUAAAAUUAAUUCGAGAAUCAAAACUCACAACGAAUCAAUGAUAACAUUUAGAAUUGACGGGUUUGAACUUGCACUAAACCCUAAAAUUAAGUACCUGCCAACAGUAUUAUUACUAGGACACUCGAUAGAAAUAUUAAGAGAUUUAAGUCCAAACAUACUAGAGAGAACUUUAAUGGAAUAUAUAAAUAAACUAGACUAUGAACAGUUAAAGAGAAACAUCGAAGUCAUACUAUACAUAUAUCAUAGGAAAUCUAAUAAUCUGUCAACAAUAAUCAUGAUGUUGUAUAACAGAUAUGCAAACCAAUUGGAUAAUUUCAAACCCAUAAAGCGUGACAAAUUGGAUUCUAUCCAUUCUUGUUUGACAAUCUUUGAAGAAAUCGAGCUCCAAACAUUGAAAGAUUCAGUAAUCAAUUCAUUUAUUGAUAUCAUAGUCUCAACUUAUGAGACCAACUUAGUGCCCGAGUUUAAUUAUUAUUUAUCGAAUUUCUUAAAUCGACUGAACGAAUACCCAGAAUUGUUCUCAAAACUAUAUUCUAAUGAAAGGUUCAUUUCAUCAAUACCUUCAGUAUAUUCACUCAACUCAAUACUACUUCAGAUACAAAGAAUUAUUGAACAGAUGGACUCAAGUUAUAAGUGUGAAUUGGAUGGUAAAUUGGAGUGUGAAAACAUUGAAGAGUUGUUAAUGUCCAAAUAUGUUUUACACAUACUGAAUAAUAAUAAUUGUGAAGAUUUAUUUAAAAAAUUUCAAUUGUUUUUUAAAGUAUAUUUAGCCUCAGAUGAAUCGACCAAGAAGAUUGUAUCAGAGAUUAUUAUACCAUACAUACAUUUCAUUAAAUCAGCAUUGAAUUACACGGAUUCAGAAUAUAAGGAUAUUUUUACUGUAAAUUUGGUAAAUAUGGUAGAUACAGAAGAUUUGGUGUUGAAUAAUCUAAUAAAAUUGAUGAACAAUGGUGGUAACAAUGAUUUAUAUGUUGAUGUUGGAGUUGAUAAACUAAGUGCUUUAUUUACACCAUUUUGUGCCUUAUUUUAUCUAGUAGAGAGUAUAGAACAGGUUAUAAAAUCUUGUUCAGAUGUAAAAUAUAUGCAAAUGGUAUUAAUAAUGGAAUUGUUGUCAAAAUAUGUAAAAAGUGAUGUGGUUGAUGGAAUUAAAAGUGUAGUUUAUGAAGUUUAUGGACUAAUUUUUGGGAAAUAUGAAUUAAAAUUAUGUGAAUUACACAGUAAACGGAGUCCACUGAUUACAGUGAAAAGAAUCCAAAUCAUACUAAAUGAUGAACAAUUGUAUAAUGAAUUUAAAGGCCAAGAUUUGAGAGUGAAUGAAUAUUCACAAUACGUGUUUGAACUUUUUAGAAUAAAGUCUCAUCAGAAGGAAUUUAAAGUAUUCUACAAACAAGGUAAGAUUUUGUUGGCUGAGAGAUAUAAACAUUUCAUGAGUUUAGAAUAUAAUAAAAUAUUGAAAGAUAAUACCGUAAUACAAUAUCUUUCAAAAAAUGUUGAAUAUAAUCAGUGUGGAGAUGGAGAUGGAAAUUACUGUUCAGUCAAUUUGGAUUAUUCAGUGGAAUCAAUUGAUAAUGGAUGUGAUUUUGUAAUUAGAUUGUUCAAGAAUUGUUCAAAUGACAGUUCAGAAGUGUAUUUAGAUUUGUUAAUAAGAAUACUGGAUUUAAUAUAUAAUUCUACAAGUGAAUAUUUGGGGCAGUUUACCAAACUUGUGUACCAACUUAGUAAUGAAUUUAAAAAUACAAGUAUUGAUAGAUUGACAAAUAAAGUAACAAAGAAGGUCAAAAGUACGUCUGUUGAUAUGGAUAUAAAGUGUGAUGUUACAAAACUAGUGAAUGAAAUAACUAGACAGGAUAUAAGUGUACAAGGAUAUGAACAUAAUUUGAUAUCAAUAAUUGAGAAUAACAUAACAUCAGAUGAAGAGAUAUUUAAGGCGUUUAUGAUUGAGUUUUUCACAUCAGGGUCAAAAUGUGUAUUUAAUACAGUAUUUGCGGACAAAGUAAUAGAAUUAAUAGAUGGAUCAGGAUUCCAAGUAUCAUUUCUAUUGAAAAUAUUAUAUCAAAUUGGAUUAAAAAUGGAAUUGGAACUGGAAAGUUGUAAAAUAUGGAAUGAAUUGGCAUUGGUUAGAUUAGGAGAGUUUUUAUCAACUUCAAUAGUGUUGUUACAAACUAAGAAAGUAGAUGAGAAUGAACAAGAGUUUGGAGUAUUGACAAAUUUGAUAAUAAAAUUAGGAACAAAAUAUAAGAAAUGGGAAAUAGAAUUAAAGGAAUCAGAACAAAAAUUGGAUAACAUGAACUUGGUGAAGUUUUUGAGUAAUCUUGUUGAUGAUACAUGUCUAGUAGUAUUGAACAAGUAUAAAUCAGGUAUAUUUUGGAAACUUGGAGAAGAAUUGAGAAAUAGUAUAUACGGUUCAUUUCUAGAACUAAGUAAAUAUUCGAGAUCAAAGUAUAUAAAUAUAUCAUUGGAAUGGUUAUUUAAAUUUAAAGAAUCAGACGAGAAUAUGAUUUUACUAUUCAUUGAACAAUUAAUUAGGACAAAGUUGCAAGAGAAUGUAAUAACAAAUUUGGUAAGGAAUUUAAAGUUACUAAAGUCAUAUGAGGUUAUGGUACAAAAAUUACUCUCAUCAACAUUAAGAUCGAAAAUAAAGUUAUUAAACCUAUGCAAGAUAAUUCAUCACUUUACAAUUUCAAGAAACUUGUCAAAUGAAGAUUUCCAGUUCAUACUUAGAAAUACUAAUAUAUUACUAGAACACUAUAGUAAAAUAGAAAAUUCUAAAGGUGAAGAAUUUAACAAUGUGAAUCAAAGUUUAAAUAAACAGACUAAUGGUAAAAAGAAAACAAGUUUUGUCACGGGUAUAAUUAAUCUAAUUACAAGACACAAAGUUGAAACUGAAGUGGUACAAACAGAGUCAAAUGAUACAGAAGAUGAUACUGAAGAUAUUGUGGAAUUGUUUAAUAGUAUAGUAAUGUAUUUGAAACAAUUACUAGAGAGACUAUAUACAAUUAUUGGAAAAAUUAAGUUUGAAAAGAGUAUAUAUAAUAGUUUAUAUCACGGGAUAUGUUCGUUCAUUAAUAAGUCAAUAGUACUAAUGGGAGCCGAUUCAGUGAAAUUUAUAAAUAAACUGGUCCACAAACUGAUGGUAUUUGAUGUUAGAAUCUCAUUAGAUAAUAAAGAAUUGGAAGAAGUGGUCAGAAAUACAGUCACGUCGACAGUAAAUAAUAUUCUUAAUUUUGAUGAAAAUACACCAAGUGUAGUAUUGGAAUUGUUAAAUGGAAGUCAAGGAAAGUUUGAUUUGGUUAGAACAAUAUAUACAUCAUACCUGAUAUACACAUACAUAUAUACAGUAAUAAUAAGUGGAAAAUGUACAAACUCAUUUAAAUUCGCUGAAAUAUUCCAAUUAGUUAUUAAGUCGGAAGAAUAUUUUAGUAUAUUAUCGACGUUGGUAUUUAUUAACUUGAGGAUGCUGGCUAAGAAUGAAAUAUUAGAUAAACUGAAAGGGUAUCAAAUAUUGGAUUUUAAGGUUAAAAAUAGGUCAAAUGGAGAAUUAGAACAAGUUUCUACACAAGUGUUUAGAUUAAUAUCAGAGUUACUAGACGAACAAAAGAUUAGAAUACAAGUGGACCAGUCACUAUUUAAUAAGAAAUCAUCCACAGCAACCUUGUUCAUGAAAAUUAACGAGUUUUUAUACUCACUCUUAUCAACAUUGGUUUACUACAAACACUAUUAUGAGAAACAAGAUAAUCCAAAAACAAAGAUUACUGAAUCAAUUGAUAGAGGUGAAUAUAUGAGAUAUGAGGGAUAUGAAAUGAUAAUGAAAUUGAUAUUGGAAAUAUUCAGGAUAAAUUCAGUAGGAGGAUUCAAUCUCCAUGUAUAUGGAAUACUAAUGUGUAUAUACAAAGAAUUAGAAAAGAUGUCAGAUAUAAUUACAUCAGAUGAAUUAUCAAGGAUUCUACAUGAGAGAUAUGAUACAAAUAUUAUUUUCAAAUGGGAUAUUUAUAUAAUUACAAACCUAUUAUGGUUAAAUAAACAAUCAAGUUCAAAGGAAAAUGUAAUGAGAUUUAAGUAUGAAAAGGAGUUUGAUAAGGUUAACAAUUUGACAUGUCAAAUAAUGUUUAAAUUGUUUAAAAUAUCCUCAAAGAUUUAUGAAGUUGAUAGAAAUGAAGAUUUGUUCAACCAAAUAACAUAUUUCAGAAAUGAAUUGUGGAUGUAUUUCAUAAUCAACACACCGAAUUGUAUGGAGUACUUUUUACCAAUAAUAGUGGAAUCUUUGGACAAAUUUGAGUUGUUUUAUUUGGAAAAUAAGGCAUUAGAUUGGUCAUUUGUUGAUACAGUAUACUCAUUGAAGCUUAUUAUAUCAAUUAGUAAAAGUAAAUUAGGAAUAGGAAUCAACUACAACAGUACAAUAAUUGAAAUUAGUGAAAAGAUUAUGAAAAUGAAAAUUGGAUCAAAUUUGUGUUAUUUCAUACAAAUACUGAUCCUACUGUUGUGUUUUUUAUUGUUAAAAUAUUUCAAAGUAUCAUUGAAGAAAGGAUUUUAUGAGUUUUGUAUUCAAAUGGCAUUGGAGUUUAAGUCUAGAGAAUCUAAUGGGAAAGUUGAGUUUGUAGAUAAUUCUAAUGAGAAUUUGGAUAAUUUGAUAGAAAAUGAAUUCAUGGGAUUGAAUAUAGACGAUUGUUUGAAUUUAUUGGAAAAUACAAAUACCACCAGUCUAAAGAGUUUGAGAAGUGAACUUUUAAUAACACAAAUAACAUAUUAUGCAAGUCAAUCAAUAGAAUUAAAGAGUUUAAUAAAGUUAUUUUCAAAUCAAGAACAACUAGUUAAGAUUACAAGAUUAAUAAAAAUAAUAUCUGUUAAUAUAAGAUAUUUGAAACCUGACUACCAUGAAGAUCUCAGAAAUAUAUAUCUCAUAUGUGUGAACUAUUAUAAUACAGUAUCAUCUCAAAUACUUUCUGAACAAGGUUUAGUAUCGUAUAACAGAUCGAAGAAUAAAUCAAUUGAAGAGAUUCUAGAAAAUUCGACAAAACUUGCAAGUAUAUUUUUCAACAACUCUGGAGUUGAUUUGAUAUGGAAUUUUGAAGAAUCAUUUUUAUCAUUUUCAAUAAACUAUUUUAGUCUAAUUUCACCCAAUAGUCUGGUAGAUUUGUUUGAAAAACAGUCUAAAAUAUAUGAACAGGACAAACAGGAUCUUGGAAACAGGAUUUUCUUGUUAGUAACAUUAUCAGCAAUAUGUGAGUAUGGUAAAUAUGGUGCAACAAACUUAAUAUCAACAAGACUUUCACAAUAUUUUGAACACAUAUCUGAACACAUAUUAAAUGAAGCCAAAAAUAACCGUAUUAACAUUCAAGAAAUAACAUUUGAUAAUUGUUUAACAUGGUAUAAGAAUAGUAAAUUAUUAUUGGAAUUGGUUGAGAAGUCGAUAGAUACAUGGAAUAUAAAAAGAGGUUCAGUUCCAGAUGUUGUUUUAAAUUCAUGGUGUAAAAUUAUUAAAAAUCAUAUUUCAAUAUUGGAUUACUUACCAAUUAAUGGUGAUGUUGAAGUUCAAAAUAUUACUUUUGAAGUAUCAAACUCUAUUGAAAAAUCAUUAAUACAUUUAAUUAAUGGUUUCAUUACACAAGAUAACAAGAUAAUAAAAAUUGAAUCAUGUUUAUCUGAACAAUUGGCAAUGAAAUCACUUAAUAUAAAGAUUGGAUGUUUGGUUAUAAUGAAUCACAUUUGGGAUGAGUUGGGGGUACAUUUAACACCGGCAAUUAAGAAUGUAAUGCCUCUUCUUGGCGAACUCGUUGAUGAUGAAAAUGAAGUUGUGAGAAGAAUAGCAUUAGAAGUUGAUUCUAAAGUUAAGGAAAUAUUAUACCAAAAUUAA